UUGGAAGUAGAGCAGAACAGAGCCAGGGUUCUGGCUGGGGCCCUUAUCUUCUCAGAGUUGGUGUCACUAAAGUGUUUAAGGUAGGCAAGGAGUCAGAGUGGGAGGAUGUGCACCCACACAGCCUGAGUCAUGCCUGCUCCAGGUCCUUGCCCUGGUAGCCCUUGGGUCCCUGCUCUGAGGCCAGCUCAUAUGUACCCACGAGGAACCUUUUCAGAAAGCAAAGUGCAGCUCAGUGGUUCAGUGCUUGCGUAACAUAAAAAUGUCCCUGGGUUCCAGCCCUAGCAUGGUAGGAGCAGGGUGGAGAAAAAGCCAAAUACAUAGGUUUUUACAUUAUGAAAUUAACCUCAUAAAUCAGAACAACCAUAAAAGGAGAAGGAAAGGGAAAAAUCAGUUCUAGUUUCACCACCCAGAGGUGACAGCGUUCAAUAUUUUGGACUAAUUCCAUCCAGUCUUUUUUAGCCAUGAGGCAACUGUUACCUGACUACAGGCAGCAUUUCCCUCUGACCUUGUGACAGAUCUUUCCCUUAAGUCUUAUAAACUGUGUGAACCCUCCCCUAACAGCUGCAUGCAUUCUGUCCAGGGGCCAUUCCAUAACUCAUUGAUCAUUUCUCUGUCAACUGACAGACAUGAAGUGGGUGAGCCCAGGAGCUCCUAUGCAUGCAAAGGACACAGAAAUCACUCUGUGACAGGGAGCUAGGAAGACCCAAAUGAGGGCACAAAGAUUGGUUACUAAAUUUGCAUGCUCUGUCCCCUUCCUCUUAUGCCCAGAGCCUGACUCCAUUUUUCUAAGGGUAGCAGUGUUCUGCGGUGGGAGGAACCAUUUUCACUCUGCAGGUGAGUAGGCGGCCAGCAGCUUAGCUCGUGGGUCGAACGGCCUCCUGAGGCGCGCGUGUUGCUACCGUUCUGGCCAGGCCUAUGGGUGGCCACCAGCGGGUUGGGUCCAGAGAUGGCUUCCAGGAGGCCAGGUUCCCCAAAACCCAUAAGCAAGGACUGGAAGAGGUCGGUUCCUCCGGGAAUGUACUGGCCUCUCAAGAUGCCUGGGGCUACUUACGUGGCGAGAGCCAAGCGCCGUUUCAAGCUGUCCAUCCCGGAUAUAUACCACAGCCGGCUGCUGGCCUCUCUCGAUCCCCUGGCCUUGGACAAGGAGGCUCCGCAGAAGCCUGUGAAACAGGAGAUAAUGUCAGAGGAACGGUUCUGGGGCGACCACCAGCCCCUCUCCAAGGUCAGAACCACCCCUGGGGUGAGGGGCAGUGACCUGGCCCUCAUGGGUAGGGAGGGCGCGCAGGCCAGCAAAUUUGAGGAUGCCAUUGAUGGAUCUGUGAUUCGGGAUUUUGAGGAAGGGCCCUCAGCUCCUGUUACGGAGUGCAGCAUCACAGCUGACAGCAGAAGAAUUAUUGCAGCAUCUUAUGACAAAACAGUGAGGACUUGGGACCUUGAAACAGGCCAGCUGCUGUGGCAGACCAACCAUGAUUACUUCAUAGUGUCCUGUAAGUUAUCUCCUAACGGCAAAUAUGUGGCCUUAAGCUUGGAUGUGGAUCAUGGAAUCUGCAUAAUGGAUGCGGAAAACACCACCAUUUUGGCAAACAUUAAAGAUCAUCACAGAAGAUCAAUCAUGGCAUGCUGCUUUGACCCUGACAGCCAGAAGCUGGCUUCUGUCUCGUUGGAUAGGUCCAUCAAGAUCUGGGAUGUCACAUCCAAAGCCACACUGCUUACCAUCACAAAGGCCCAUGAAAAUGCAAUCUCCAAUUGCUGUUUUACCUUCAGUGGCCAUUUCCUGUGUUCCAGCUCCUGGGAUAAAAAAUUAAAAAUAUGGAAUGUCCAUACAGGGGAGUUUCGAAACCGGGGAGCCUGUGUGACUCUAAUGCAGGGCCAUGAAGGUUGUGUGAGCUCCUGCUGCUUUGCCAGAGACAACUCUUUUCUCAUUUCUGGAGGCUUCGACAAGUCUGUGGCUAUUUGGGAUGUAGGAGAAGGCUACCGGAAGCUAUCCUUGAAGGGUCAUGAGGACUGGGUAAUGGAUGUUGCUAUCAGCAACAACAAGAAAUGGAUCCUAUCUGCUUCGAAGGAUAGGACCAUGAGACUAUGGAAUAUUGAAAAGAUCGACCAAGUUCCUUUGGUAAUUGAGAACCAAAAGGCUAUGGGGACACUAGUGAAACAGUGUGAAGGAUGUGACAGGCCAUUCUCCACCUUGGAAAGUGACAGCUCGUUUGAAAUAGUCACCAAAUGUAUCUUCUGCCGGAGAGAUGCGAUGGACUUGCCAGCAGCGGCUUCAUCAUCAUCAGAAACAGAGAACAAGGAGGACUGACGGCCACUGGGCCCUUUCAUUGACUUGAUCAUGGUCACCUGUCACCCAGGUUGUGGGGCCCUCUGCAGGGAUCCUUCUUAGGGUCCCUCCCCACCUGAGUGGGCCUGUCAGACUGGGGCAGGGGCCAAUCCCUGGCUGGGCUCUCAGUGCAGGGCCACCUCCUCAGCUCCACAGCAUCCUUGAGGGUUGAACACUUCAGUUUUCAUGCAGAAUAAAUCUAGAUUUCUUUGGAAAACAAGUGUGCAUAUGAGUUGUAGAAGCAGUUUGCUAUUUCUAAGCUCACGUCCUGGUGUUCAUUCUGUCUCAUUUUGGGGAUGCGUUAUGGACUCUAUUCUGGAGUCUUGGGCCUCUAGGACUGGUAUCAGCUUUUCCCGAGGAUGAGUUUGUCAAAUGACAUGAAGAUGUGUUGGGGUCCCCCCUCUGUGGGUCAGGAGGCAAGGCAUUGUGGCUUAUAUGGUUGACUAUGAUUUGUUCCUUAAGAGGUCAUAUCCUGGACCCUUGGUUCCCAUUGGCGGACACACCAUGGGAAGGUAUCAAUAACUGCCUCUUGGGAAUGGGUUAGAUAUCAGGGGACUGAAUUUGCUACUUCAAGAGCAGAUUGUUAUAAAGUUAGGCCACCCCUGUGUUUUUUUUUUUUCUACAUGUGCUACUUGCUGUUCUUACAUGUGCUCCUGUCAUGUGAUGCCAUCUGCCAUGUUAUGACACCAUAUGAAGCACUAAUCAGAUGUCACUGCAUGAUCUUGAACUUCCCUGCUUCUAGAACCAUGAGCUCAAUAAAUAUUUUUUUUCUAUAAAGUA